AUGAGCGACCUGCAUGCGCUGCUGCCCGACUUUGCGGCCGGCCGCUAUGCAGCGCUGAUUGCGGGCCUGGAGACGCACCGGAUCGGCCUGAGCGAGGUGUUGACGCUGGAUGCCGCCGAGAUUGGUCGCCGCACGCGCCUGCCGUUGCUGGACCUGCAGCUGUUUGGGAAGGAAGUGAGGGAGCGGCUAGCAGGAGAGGGACAGCUUACGAGAGAGGGACGGCUGGCGGGAGAGGCCGGGCGACUGCCGCUCCUUCGCAUCAGCACGCUGGACGACGGUCUCGACGCGGCGCUCGGCGGCGGUUUCGUGCCCGGACAGCUGGCCGAGAUCGUCGGCGAGAGCGGCGCCGGCAAGACACAGCUGCUGCUGGCGCUGUUGCUGGCGGUGCAGCUGCCACCACCGCGGGGACUCGGCCGCAAGGCCCUCUACAUCGCGACGGAGGCGCCGCUGCCGACCGGGCGGCUGGCCCAGAUGGUGCGCACGAACCGAGUGUUGGCAGGCACAGUUACAGACGCCGACACGAAACCGUCUCCGGCCGCCUUUCUUGCCAACAUCGCCACCAUCAACACGCCCGACCUCGAGGCCCAGGAACACAUCCUGACCCACCAGCUGCCCGUCCAGCUUGACAAGGCGGCCGGCGCCUUUGGGCUCGUCGUCAUGGACUCGGUCGCGGCCAACUUCCGACCAUUCUUUGGCGGCAGCAGCAGCACCGGCAGCACCGGCGAGUCGUUGGCUGCCCGCAGCCUCGAGCUCGCCCGUCUUGGCAUGCUGCUGCGCUCGCUCGCCCAGAAGCACAACCUGGCCGUCGUGGUGGCCAACCAGGUGGCCGAUCGGUUCGACCGCGCCGAUCGGCCUUCGCUCUCGGCCAAGCGGCCACGCCCCGACGUCUGGCCGUCGCCCCAUCGGACCACUCUGCUCUCCCAGCCAACUGCACAGCCACAUCUACAGCCACAUUCACAGUCAUCUUCACAAUCACACCCACAAACACAACCACAUCUACUUCCACUUUCAUCACAUCCUCCUCCUACCCAGGCCUCGUCGCAGCUCCCCUCACAGCUUCCCUCUCAACCCUGCUCGCAGCUUCUCCCCCAGUCGUCGCCGCCGGUCCUCCAGCUCGACCACCAGCAGCUCUGGUUCACCGGCUGGGGAGACGACGCCCCGCCCGCCCGCCAUCGCGACAGCCCCCGGAGCAACAAGUCCCCUGCCCUCGGGCUCGUCUGGGCCACGCAGCUGGCCGUACGCGUGGCCCUCGUCAAGGCACCGCGGGCCGCUACCGCCGCCGACAGUAGCUGGGUCGACGACUGGCCAGACCCGCGUACCGGCGUCGUGGGCGCGCCCCGGCUGCGUCAAUCAUGGCGGCGCUGGCUCAAGGUCGUGUUUGCGCCGCACGCGGCGGCCACGACGUCGGCCCAAGGCAAAAAGGGCCAUCGACAUGAAUUUGAAAUCACCAUGGGUGGGCUGCAGACGACCGGUGGUGAUGCACGUGACAUCACGUGA